GUGUUUGUUUGGAAACAAAUUAAUUUAAUGUCGUUUUUCAAAGCAGUUCACAAAUUAAUUUGAACCACUUGCAAAACCAGAACCAUUCUGCUAUUGCCUGCUGCAAUUACGCAACUUAUUCUGGGUUGUUUUGGUGUAGGGAAACAGCUGUGUGUGAAACAACAUGGGAAACAUUCAACCGUGCUCGUACAACCUCCAUUAUGACCAUUUGUGUUGUGUCCGCGAAGGCGGAAACAUGUCGCAGUUUUCCUUCGAACCGAACUGAUUCAGUUCCUAGUUCAUCGUUCCUUACCCAACGUUUAUACGAAGUUUCCAAACAUUUACUUGUGCUCUUUUGGUGUUGUCUCUUUACAUUUUCGUGUAUGACCGCUUGGCGGUGCGGUUUAUCGACAGUGUAAAGUUUAAUGAGUUCAGUGCUACAUUCGGUGUGCCUUCGCGGACCGAAUUGGUGUCACGCACAAAUACAAAUCACGAUGACCACUAGCGGACUGUACGUGUUUAUCAUUAACCUGAGAAAAAGCUUUCUGAUAGAAGGUUGCUAAAGGGUCGAAAUAAACCCAUUUUGUCCAUGCGUGUUAACGUUCCGUCUGUAGAAAGGUUUCCGUUUUGUCGGUGUGCGUAUGUAUGUGUGUUUACAUAAGUUUUGUCCUGUUUGUCCUCAUUCCUUCAAUAAGACCAAAGGCUGUAAUGUCUUCAUAUUGCUUCGAAUAGUUAUUUGGAAGUUCACAUUCUCGUUCACAUUGCAACAAUGUAUUGUAAUCGUUUGAAUACAUCAUCAUCCACCAACAGCAGCAGCGUGGCAGAGCUGAGAGGUUGCUGACCUAAUACGAGACCCACCAGUCUGCAUGAUUAACUGGUCCAUUGCAAUAGAGAGAAUUAUGUAAUGCAGUGUUAAUGCAACGCGGAUACGCACUUUCUACUAAGUACUACGAUUCCACCACUACUACUACCGCCGUUAUACACACACACAAACAGCCGUUCUCCAUGGCAACCUGACAGCCGGCACCUUUCUAUUGUUUGGUUGUAUUCCGGACUCGGCUGUUUGGCGCAGCACGAAAACAUAAACAACAAGUAUCAUCGGAUUUCGAUCCUGGCACCGUGUUUUCCUAACUGAUACCGCAAAAUACAAAGCGGAGCGGAAACUAUUGCAUGGCUUGCUCUGUCAAGGGUGAAGAAGAACCGGGCGAAAUAGGGGAUGAAAGGAUAGCAUCGUUAAUCGCAGCUGCAGAUGAUUAUUGGCAAAAUAAUUGACCAUAGAAAAGCGGACGAAGAGAACACGCGCAAACGGUAAAUGUGUAACAACUGGAUUGGAAUCUGUAUCGAUUCCUGGUAUUGUCGUUCACGAACGAAUGCACCUGUGGGGAGAAUUCCCGUGUCGCUUUUCAAUCCAUUUUAACGUCUGCACCGAACCAGUUUCGACUACACCAGUGAAUCUUCGGUACCAGCUUCCGGAGAAGCAACAAUAGCCGGUGACAACACUAUGCAGCAAACGGCAGCUACCGGCCGGACGGAGAUGCGUCCGGUCAAGUAUCAUUACGCCGACUCGUUUUGGUGCACCUAUCUGGUGUCGGUGUUUGCAGCCAGCAUCGCCGAAACGGUUACCUAUCCGCUGGAUCUAACCAAAACACGCCUCCAGAUACAGGGUGAAGCGGCAGCAGUCGAUGCAGAAGGUGCCGUCAAGAAGCUCAAAUAUCGUGGUAUGUUCGCCACGGCGACCGGUAUCGUACGCGAAGAAGGUGCCCUCAAGUUGUGGCAAGGUAUCACGCCCGCUUUGUACCGUCAUCUAGUGUACAGCGGUGUUCGCAUCGUUACAUACGAUGCGCUACGCAAGAAGCUGCGCAACGGGAAGGAACAUUUUUCCCUCUGGCAGUCUGCCCUGUCGGGUGUCGGUGCCGGUGCACUCGCCCAAUGGCUCGCCUCCCCGGCCGAUCUGGUAAAGGUACACAUCCAGAUGGAAGGUAAACGGCGUCUGCUCGGACAAGAGCCACGUGUGCACAGUGCGGCACACGCUUUUCGCGAAAUAGUUAGCCGCGGUGGUAUCUUUGGACUGUGGAAAGGAAGCGUACCGAAUGUGCAGCGUGCGGCACUUGUUAAUCUGGGUGAUCUGACUACGUACGAUACGGUGAAGCACUUUAUUAUGCACAAAACAGGUCUGCCCGAUUGCCAUCUGGUGCACAUUAUGUCGUCGAUCUGUGCAGGUCUAGUCGCGGCCACUAUGGGCACACCAGCGGACGUCGUGAAGACGCGCAUCAUGAACCAACCGACAGAUGCAAGUGGCCGAGGACUGCUGUACAAAGGUUCGAUCGAUUGUCUGCAGCAAACUAUCGGAAAAGAAGGAUUUUUCGCGCUCUAUAAGGGUUUUCUGCCCGUAUGGAUACGUAUGGCCCCAUGGUCGCUUACCUUUUGGCUUUCGUUUGAGCAGAUACGGGCCAGCCUUGGUGCUAGCGGAUACUAGCGAAUUACGUUGCAUCGUUCACAAAGAAAAGCGAAAGUGCAUAAAGCUUAGGUAUCUUAAUUUUUAAGUCACUGAUAAGCCGUUAACAGUUCAUUUGGCGCAGCAAUAUCGAGAAUGGUGGCGUUGUGUUAUUUCCCUCCCCGUAUUCCCUUUUGCUUGUGCCAUUUCCGUUUACACCAAUGUUGUUUUCAACAUGGUCUGUGUAUUAUGUGUUUUUUUGUUUUGUAAAUAUUAUUUCUAAAUCGCACUCCUCAUAUCGAAGCUCCUUGCUGGCGCUUGAAACCACGAUCGAGCAAUAGUGAAUGUUUGUUCAGCUGUUUUCUUAUUUGCAACUGUGAUUUAGAGUAGUUUUGGUAGAAAGCAAAGCCUUACGAGAGGCGGCACAAGCAGCUGCCUGUUUUAGAUGUAGAUGUUCGCUCAGCGGAAUUAGACAACUUGGUCCCAAUUAGUGUACAUUCAUUGUGUUAGAAUUGAAACUAUUAGGUGUUCCGUGCCGCUUGGCCCUCGAUUCCUGGUAUAGAAGAUCGGUUGUCUCAUCUCGUGAUUGUUAGUGCCGUUCAUCAUCCCCCUUUGUCAUACAUCUACCGCUCAGGGAGUACAUUUAAACAAUAUCGUUAACCAUUCUCUCUGAUAUUUGUGUGGGAUUUUGUGAAUGACCACAAGUAGUAUGAACAAGAUCAUUUUCCCUUUACCAGAACACUUCCCUGGAUGUUCCUUAAAACCCCCAUUUCUUGUGGUAGGCGUUUUCCUAAAUAAGUAGAAAAACCAUCAUCACGCCCUCAACCAACGACGACAAUACCAAAUUUUUGUACAAUAUAAGCAACAUUACACAACGUUUUAGAAAACGGGGACGCAGUCGUUACUAGUUACGCAUCACAGCAAUAUCAAGAGUUAGAGUAGAAGACUAUCUUGGUGUGCGUUGUUAGAUUAUUCGAGCAAAAUUGCCACCUGCUUUACGAUGAGAUAUAAAAAAUACGAAAUAGAAGUAAACCUAGCACUAUCUAACAACAGCAUAAUCUAGACAUUAGUUUUGUGGGCAGAAACACAACAGCCAAUACAACGCAAAACAUAACUAGCCGAUAUUGAAUCUUCUCGAAACUAUUGUAAAUUGUACAUAGCGGUAGGUUAGUGAAAAUGGUACAGUAAUAUUAUGUUAGCGCCAUCACUAUUAGCGGGACGGAUUUGGGUUUGAAAAAGUUUUGAAACGUUGUGUUACAAACAAAUCGUACGAUGAAUAAAGUAACAUAU